CAUUUUUACGUACGUGACGAGAAAGCUCACCUUUGACCCUUUAUCAGUUUACCGGCGAUCGAGUGACUUCACGUUUUCCCCAGACUCCUCAAAAAUGUAUCGAUGUCGAGCUGCAUUGCAGGGCUUAAGACCCUAUUCAAGGAGUAUUUCCACAUCUUGCAGGAAAGCAAGGCUUCCAAAUGGGGCCCUGCCACGUAAUAAGGUGCUGCAAGCCAACACUUCCAGAACGAUGGCUCACAUUAGCACUGAAGGAGUCGGUAAGAACGGACUGUACUGGGUCAUUGGUGGAGCUGCUGCUGUCGUUGCCUCAGCUACUUAUGUUCAAACCCAGGGUUUAGUAACAUGGGGUGGCGAGCCUAAGAGAACCAAUGUCAGUUUUGCUCCCACCGGAUCUGCAGCAGCCAGUACCGAGGCUGCUCCGGCUGAUACAGCACCAGCAGGGAAAGCAUCCCCUGCUGAUGUACCACCACCUGUCGUCCUACCAGAGAUCCCUGAGCAUGCCACAUACCUCUUGAUUGGAGCCGGGACUGCAUCAUUUGCUGCCCUCAGGGCUAUCAGAGCCAACGAUCCCAAGGCAAAGGUCUUAGUCGUUGGAGAUGAGGAAGCCACACCUUAUAUGAGACCACCCCUCUCAAAAGAACUCUGGUUCAGUGAUGACAAAGAAGGUGUCGAAAACCUCAGGUUCAAGCAGUGGAACGGAAAAGAAAAGAGCAUUUUCUUUGAGCCGGAUGCUUUUUACUGCAAGCCAUCUGAACUACCAACAAAGGAGAAUGGAGGAGUCGCAGUACUCAAAGGGCACAAGGUCAAAGGACUCAAUGUGCAGAAGAAGCAAGCAACUUUGGAGGAUGGAUCUGUCAUCUCCUUUGACAAGUGCCUUAUUGCUACAGGUGGUGUUCCAAGGAAUCUCAGGUCAAUAGAAGAGGCUGGGUCAGAGGUCACGGAGAGGACAACACUCUUCAGAAAUAUCAAGGACUUCAAAUCCUUAGAUAAAGCGACCCAGGAUGCCAAAUCUGUGGCUAUCAUUGGAGGCGGAUUCCUGGGCAGCGAACUGGCAUGUGCUCUCGGCAAAAGAGGGAAAGAUACUGGAAUGAAAGUCAUGCAAUUCUUCCCUGAAGCAGGCAACAUGGGCAGAGUUCUACCGGAGUACCUCAGCAAAUGGGCCACAGAUAAAGUAUCAAAUGAGGGUGUUGAGGUUCAUUCAGACAUGUUUCUGAAGAAUGUCUCCUUCAAUGGGAAAUCCAAGCAAGUAGAACUCCAAUUCAGUAAUGGUGAUAAGGUCCAAGCGGACCAUGUGGUGGUAGCAGUAGGACUGGAACCCAACGUUAACCUUGCGGCAAGCUCGGGGCUAGAGGUCGAUGAGAAGUUUGGAGGUUUCAGGGUCAAUGCUGAAUUAGAGGCCCGUAGAGACGUGUGGGUGGCUGGUGAUGCAUCAUGCUUCUAUGACAUCAAGCUUGGGCGUCGCCGUGUAGAGCAUCACGACCAUGCUGUAGUGAGUGGAAGGCUGGCCGGAGAGAACAUGACUGGAGCUGCGAAACCCUACUGGCAUCAAUCUAUGUUUUGGAGUGAUUUAGGCCCAAAUGUUGGGUAUGAAGCCAUCGGUAUCGUUGAUUCCAGUCUACCAACCUAUGGUGUGUUUGCUAAGGCUACAGCUGAGGAUACACCCAAAGCAGUCGUAGAAGCGACAGGAGAGGGAAUCCGCUCAGAAACAGAACAGGCUGCAGUAGAGACCACUCCAUCACCUGCUGCGAGUCCGACUACCUCCGAGGAUUACGGAAAGGGUGUCGUAUUCUACAUGAAGGACAAGGUGGUAGUUGGCAUGUUGUUGUGGAACAUCUUCAACAAGAUGCCCAUUGCAAGAAAGGUGCUCAAGGAUGGUCAGGAACACGAGGACGUCAGUGAGCUGGCCAAGCUCUUCAACCUCCACCAAUCAGAAGAGAGCUGAAUCCCAUCAAACAUUCAAGCAAAUUAGAAUAUUAUAGAGUUAUACGAAAUAUAAUUGCAGAGAAUUACCAUGUAACUGAGCACACCGGGUGUCUUCUUCAGUAUUAUCAAGGGUUUUGUUUCUUAUGGAAGUGACCAAAGCCUUGUAAACUUUGCAGUAAAACUGAAAAAAAACUUAAAAUGAACACGUUGUAGGGCAUUGUUGUAGUUUAACAUGUGGUUGGAAUAUGUUAAAGACAAGACCUUCAAAGGACAUUUUCCAACCCCCUUUUCUCUUCCUUUGCUCCUGUAUCUCCACUUCUUUCAUUCUAACUACACCAUCAACAAUUUAUUUCACUCCCCUCUUUAUUUGCAGUCAUUUUGUGUUUGUCUUCUUUUUGAAUGUUCACUUGUACUUGUACAUUUUGUGUCUUGUUGAAAGGAUAAUGUUACUAGAAAUUUACCCUGUACAAUCCUUAAUUUUGGAAAACAGAAGGAUUAUCAAGCAAUACAAGUUCUCUUCUUUUAACCCAUGUGUGUGAUCUGCAAGUCAUAAAAUGACAGAUUGUAUUGAAUGGGUUAUAAGUAUUUUGAGAACUGCAAAAUAAAGAGGAAUUCAUACAUUUUAACUCCAGACAAUAACACCUUCAAAUCAAUCACACGGUAUCAUUAUCAUGUCCCUACAAGUAUUCAGUAACGAAAUUGAUGUAUGUUUUAAAUAAUGGUCACUAAAUCAUGUGUUUUUGCUAAUUCUGUGCCUUGAAUCAUAUAUGUGUGAUGUUUCCGAUGUGAGGAUUGUUUGCAAUGUAUAGUGUAUCGGCCACUAAAAGUGGCAUAUUAUUCCUGCCAUGAUUGCCUACUAUAUUGCAUGAAGAAAGGCUAUCAGUGUCAUUUGGACCAGUAAAAAUAUGAAUCUGAUUAUGAGGUCAUUAAUCAUUUCUCUGUACAGAAUAAAGAGUCAAAAAGUCAAAAAGAAAAAAAAUGUAUCAUUAAAAAAAAAAAUCUGUGAUCUUGGCUUGUGUCGACUCGAUCACCCUAAAAAGCUUGAAUACUGUUAUACCGUCUCUUGAUAGAGCCAGAUGGAUGUAUAGGAAGUAUAGUACAGGACUUCAUAUCCUUUUGGCUCUAUAAAAGCAGACAAUACAUUGUGAGAUUUUACUCUGUGGAAACGAACUGUGCUUAAAGUCAUUCAGAGUACGUUUAUGUAAUGUACACACUUAUAUUUGAAGAGAUAAGAUUUUAUUGAAUAAAAUCAAGAUAAUUGUUAUCUGA